AUCCCUCAAUGGACUCACUUACUUCUGUCGCUGCUAGGAACCAGAGUUCCAUGAUAUUAUACACUACCGGGCUAGUUGCGUUGUCGUUGUCGUAUGCGCUCUAUCGUCUCCUUGCAUUACCAUCACACCUUCGUCACCUUCCCUCCGUGCCUAUAUGGCCUAUUGUCCUUAGCUAUGCCCGUCAAGAGCCCGAUGAUGUUCGCAUCAAGCGCCUCCUACUGCCUUAUGCCAAUAAACACUCGGAGGGCGUAGUUCUGGUGUGGGUAUUUGGUCAAUGGAUGGUCCAUAUACUUGAUCCCCAGCUUGCGUUUCAGGUGAAUGCAAACCUUAGAGAUUUUCCAAAGUAUUUCCCACCGUGGGAUCUCCUAUUGCUCCGUUUUACUGGGAGAAAGAAUAUCGUGACGACCAACGGUGAUGAAUGGAGGAAAAUCUCUACACUCAUUCACGAUGCCUUCACGAUCCCAGUUCCUGUCGACGUUUUCACUUCCCUUGCAAAAAAGCUAUUCCACGUCAUCGAACAAACGACAUCCACGAGUGGCGAUGAUCAUAAAGUAAACUGGGCCGAUCUUGCACAACGAUAUGCUUUAGAUGCGAUAGGCUACUCCGUAGCCGGCUACAAUAUCGAUGCAAUCAGUACCGAAUCACAGCUUGCCAAUGAUUACAACACUUUCAUGCGUCACACGGCCGAUCCCCUCUACCUCGCGUUGCCCAUCCUCGAGAAGAUUAUUCCACGUAAACAUGUAUUUGAUUUGAUGAACAAUAUCAAGGAUAAACUCGCCGACAUGCUACUCGCCAAGCGCUUAGAUCCCGGACAGGAUAUUAUGUCUUUUAUGCUGAGAGACCCGACUUUGACCAAAGACGAAUUGCGCGAUAACAUCUCGACCCUCUUUAUUGCUGGGCAUGACACAACAGCUGGUGCUUUGUCUAUGUUGAUUUACUAUCUUGCGGUCGACCAGAUUUCCCAAAAGAGCGCUAGGGAAGAAGUCAUACGCGUUCUCGGGCCUUCUGCUGACCCUUCGCUCCCCCUCCUGAGUGCAAACGCCCUACCCUAUGUCAGUGCUUGUAUCAAGGAGGCUCUUCGAAACAAUACGCCCGUUUCUUACGCUGUUCCCCGUAUUUCCGGGAAGGCCGUAAACCUCGGCAAAUAUUACAUUCCUUCCGGCACUGCUGUCAUUACGAACAUCUAUGGGGUACACCAUAAUGAGUCCGUGUGGAAGGACGCUAGUGUUUUCAGGCCAGAGCGGUUCUUGACAGGAGAAGACACUAACCAGGUCAAACAUUCCUGGAUCCCAUUCAAUGGCGGCCCGCGCCGGUGCCCAGCACAAAAUUUUGCACAGUACGAGCUGCGCACACUGGCUUCGAUGUUGUUGAGGGAGUACGAGUGGACUUUGCCCGAGGACUCUAUUCACGCAAACGGGAUAAAGAACGCAUUUUCGCCGUUCGCGUUGACAGUGCCUCACGACCUAGAUAUCAUCUUCAGAAAGCGUACGUGAGAUCGUCUUUAACAAGACGUCAAAGACUCGGAGAUUGUAGGAUUAUUCUUCUGAAAUUUGAAGGCGUGAAAGCUUCGAUAUCUUUCCUUGUAAUAUUUUGUAUCAAUUCUUCUCGACUCAACUGUUGACACUACUUCCUCGUGGUGUUCGUAGUGUACUCGAGUACAACAAUAUAAUGGGAUAAAGAUAACCGCGGUCUUUAUAA